AUGGGAAUCCGAUUUCGAGUUCCGGCCACCAUUCCAUUCUCUCCCAGUGGUGCUGCAUCAUCCUCAUCAUCGUUGUCCAAUCCCCUCCCCUCUCAUAGUUCCAGACUCCCUCAAUGGACGUGCCGCCAAUGUCUGCAGCAACGGCAAGGAAGGGGACGGGGACGUGGACGGGGGCUCCAAACUUCUCGCUUUCCUUCUCGCGAAUAUGCAGCAACGACACGGUUCCAAACGCCUAAUGAUAAUGGGGGAAGUGCUAAUAAGAGACGGCCAAAGAGAGCGUUGAAAUAUGCUGCGGCUGGCGGGACUGUUGGGGCGACGCUGUUUGCGUUUUCAGACGAUGUGAAGCAUGUCUAUUCGGCGGCGGAGAGGACUGGGAGGGUCAUGACCGCGCUUGCGGUUUGCAUUAAUGAUUAUCGCAAGACGUUGAACCGAGAAUCAGACUUCGAAGAGGAAAAAACCUUAUGGUUGAAAGCUUGCCAUAAACGCUGUGCAAUGCGGACACUGCGCGUAUUGGAAAAGAAUGGAUCUAUAUUUAUCAAGCUGGGACAACACCUGAGUAGCAUGGGUUACCUAUUGCCCCUGGAAUGGACCACGACAUUUAUCCCUCUGCAGGAUAAAUGUCCAGUUUCCUCGUUUGAGUCUAUUGAAGACAUGUUUGUCAAGGAUACGGGACAUACUAUCGACGAGCUGUUUUCGAGUUUCGACAGAGUACCGAUUGGUGCUGCAUCGCUGGCGCAGGUCCAUGUAGGGGUGUUGAGAGAAACGGGUCAAAAGGUUGCGGUUAAGGUGCAACAUCCCGCUUUGGCGGAGUGGGUGCCGUUGGAUCUUUCCCUGACCAGAUUUACUUUUUUGGCACUUAAGAAAUUCUUCCCUGAAUAUGACCUUGAAUGGCUAUCGGAAGAGAUGGAGUUUUCCUUGCCGCAGGAAUUGGAUUUCAGGAUGGAAGCGGAGAAUGCGAGGAGGGCGGGAGAGUACUUCCGGAAGAAGCAGACUACCUCUGCGCCUUUGGUUAUUCCUGAGGUGAUGUGGGCAAAGAAGCGAAUUUUGGUUAUGGAUUUCAUUUCAGGUCAUCGACCUGACGAUCUAGAAUAUUUAGAUUCCAACAGUAUUGAUAGGGACGAGGUCUCAGCAGCCCUGGCGCACAUAUUCAACGAAAUGAUUUUUGGAGAUGGAGCUCCUCUACACUGUGACCCUCAUGGAGGCAAUAUCGCUGUCAGAAAGAACGAUUCAAGACGAAAACCCAACUUUGAUAUUAUUCUCUACGACCAUGGUUUAUACCGCGACAUCUCCACGGAACUCCGCCGCAAUUAUGCCAAGCUAUGGCUUGCUGUUAUUAAUUCCGACGAAGCUGGAAUGCGCAAGUAUUCAUACAAGGUUGCUGGAGUCACAGAUGACCAGUUCCCUCUUUUCGCCAGUGCAAUUACGGGCAGGGAUUACACCGUCCUAGCGAACAAGGAUGUUGUAUCCUCCAGAUCUGCGGAGGAGAAGGAAGCGAUAUCAGGCGCUCUAGGUGAUGGCUUGCUUCAAGAACUUGUCAGUUUGCUCGGGAAGGUCCCAAGGAUCAUCCUUCUGAUUCUCAAGACCAACGAUCUCACCCGUAGCCUUGAUGAAAACCUUCACACGCGGCACGGGCCCUUACGAACGUUCCUUAUCCUCGCAAAAUAUGCUACAUGUACUGUUUUCGAAGAACAAAUGGAGGUCAUCCGCCAGCAUGGCAGCAUCUUGUGGCCAAGAAACUUCAUCCGGCUCCUUCAGGCCUGGGCAAGCUAUUUAAGAGUCGAGCUUAAAUUAGAGAUGUACGAACACUGGCUCUCAAUCAGGGGCCGGCUGGGUUUGAUAAACUGA